UCUUGUAGCCUCCAUAAAACGCCAUUUCUGCCUCUGCCAUUUGCCGUUUUCUUUGUUGAGCGAAACGGUGCUGCACGCGCUUUCUCUUGCACUAUUUUCCAAUUCUGUCUGCUUGAAUUUUUCUCUGCUUGAGCGCCAUAAGACGCGAACAACAUGGAAGAUAACCGAAACAAGACCAAUAUUAUUAGGAAGAAUGGCGCCGGCGAAAGUAAAUAUCUGCCAGAAUUACUGGCGGAGAAAGACAGCCUGGACUCCUCGUUCACGCACUCCAUGAAACUCCUGACCGCAGAGAUUGAGCGUGUCCAGAAGGGUGAACCCAAGAGAGAUGGCGAGAUGUACCUAGAUCUGCUCACCGCAAAGAAUGUUAGGGUGAAAGAAAGAGUGCUCAUUCCUGUGAAGCAGUACCCUCGGUUUAAUUUUGUGGGAAAGAUUCUGGGACCACAGGGCAGCACCAUCAAACGCUUGCAAGAAGACACUGGCGCUAAAAUCUCUGUUUUGGGGAAAGGCUCCAUGAGAGAUAAGAACAAGGAAGAGGAGCUGAGGAAGGGUGGAGAUGCCAAGUAUGCACAUUUAGGCAUGGAGCUGCACGUGUACAUAGAGGUUUUUGCUCCCAUUCCUGAUUGCUACCUGCGUAUGGCUCAUGCUAUGGAUGAGGUCAAGAAGUUCCUAAUGCCUGUUGAUAAUAUGGAUGAGAUGCUUCAGGAUCCUUACAUGGAUCCAGGGUAUCUGAAUGGCGCCCAGGAUGUUCCUCAUGGGAGAGGAGCCCCUCCAGUCCGGGGCCGUGGUGGCCCACCUCCCCCAAUGGGGGCUAGGGGUCGCGGUAUGCCCCCUCGUGGUGGACCCCGUGGUGGAGCUCCAAGAGGAGGCCCAGGUCGAGGCGCUUCAUCAAGGGGAGCUCCUGCAGGCCGAGGUGGCCCUCCACCAUCCACACCAACCAGAGGAGGAGCUUCCUCUCGCUCGAGACCACCAACUCCUUCUCAGAGGAUGACACCAACAUCUGCUCUCUCCCACCAACAUCAGUCCCUACCGAAACCUGAAGGCUACGAUGAAUAUGCAUAUGAAGAACCAUACGCAGAGACCUCCUAUGAAGCAUAUGAAAGCUACUACAGUCAGCCUCCUGCUCAGCCAGACACAGAAUAUUAUGACUAUGGUCAUGGAGAGUCACAGGAGACUUACCCUUCUUACACUGAAGAUGACUGGGAGGGUGGUGCGUGGGGUAGCAGUGGUGGAAAAGCCCCACCUGCCCGCCAGGGCAAAUCCUAUCGGGAACACCCAUACGGCAGAUACUGAGAGCUGUCCAUCUCUGCAGUUUCUCGGCAACAUCCUCCUCUCGUAACUCCUCAUAACAACCUAAAGUAAUUUCUAGUUGGUGUUUUUGUUUUUUACUGAUUGUUGGUUGAGUGCUUUUUAGUAUACUGAAUCUACUCUAUAAUGGGAUGCUAAACAUUCUAGAGUUUGAGAAGAUGCAUAUUUUAAGAUUUGCAAUCAUUGAUGUGCUUAAUUCUCUUUUGCGUUGAUGUUUUCGAAAUUGUUGUGCUCCCUUUUUUUUUUUUUUUUUUUUUUAUAUACUGUUUCCUCCAUGAAAAACAGAUUACCUGAAAGCUAGAUAAUUAGUUACAAUGACCGUAUGUAAAUGUGAAUUAAUUUUUGUUUUUUUUAUAAAAAAAGGAAAAAACUGCUUGGCAAUGUUAGUUCAUUUAUUUUUGUUCCAAAUGCGUUUUGUAAGGCAUAACAAAAAGAAAGUUCCUAAAAGACAAGGGAUGCACCAAAAUAUUAUUUCCUUUACAAACUAUCACGCUAACAAGUAUUCUAAGGACAAUAUCAAUUGGUUUGAGAAACUUUAUAUUUUUAUUUAAUAGAAUUGAAAUUUGUUUUUUUAAAGUCUCGUAAAACACUUCCAGAAGGUUUCGUUUGUGACGUGAAAUUAGCAAAACAAAUAUUCACAAGGUAUUAGUUUGUCGUAGAAAAGUACAGUCUAAUAAAAUCUUUGUAGUUGCAUAGCCAAAAUAUUACAAAGUUGUUGUUUUGAUGUCUACAGCUUUGCAGUUUCAAAAAUAUUAGCAUACUUGUGUGCAUUGCCUAACUAGGGAUCUAAACAUGUCCAAAAUGUGUCCCUAUCACUGUCAAUAAAGCAUAGUUUUCUUUUACAGCUCUCGAAACUUUGUAUUUGACUUAUUUUAGUGAACCAUGAAUGACCGUAAGUGAAUCAUCCCAUACAAAACUGACAACUGUUAAAGUCUGCAUGCAUUCUUUUUAACUAUCAUAAUAUUUAUACUCUUCAAUAUUUAAAGAGAAUUCACCUAAUGCAUAACUGUUCAUCUUGCAAAAUAUAUUGUGUAUAAACUGUUGCUAAAUUGUGUGCAAUUAGUGUAGUUAUUUGGAUUUAUUAGAUCAUGAGAAUUCAGCCCACAUGGUCUUGUACAAGAAUACGUCAGAAUAAAGACAUCUGUCAAAUUGG